AUGAGCGCCAUCCUCUCCACCGAUGACCUCAACGACUUCAUCGCCCCGGGCGUCGCCUGCAUCAAGCCCAUCGAGACGCUCCCCUCUGCCCCUGCCCCUCCUCCGCCAUCAUCCUCCUCCGAAGCCCAGGUCAUUCUCGACGGCGACUCCCGUUCCGCCUCCGCACUACAACCACCGCCGCCCCCCGCCGAAAUCUCCCUCACCGACUGCCUCGCCUGCUCCGGCUGCGUCACCUCGGCUGAGGCCGUCCUCGUGAGCCUGCAAUCCCACGCCGAGGUCCUCUCCACGCUCGACUCGGCCCCCUCACUCCGCGUCGUCGUCGAUCCGUCUACCGGCGCCCGCGGCGGCCAGCGCUACACCGUCUCCGGGCUUGACAAUCCCGAUGCCAAACUGCUCGUCGCGAGCGUCAGCCCGCAGACGAGGGCGAGCCUGGCGGCGGCGUGUGGGCCGGGCAUAGGAGAAGCGCGGGCGGGUGCCAUGCUCGAGACGCUGCUCAUGGGAGAGGCAGGGCUCGCCGGGGGCGGGAGCCACGGGAGCCGCUUUGCAUGGGUGGUGGACACGAACACGGCGCGGGAGAUGACGCACGUUUUGAGCGCCGACGAAGUGUUUGGCUCUGGUUCUGAUUCUAAUUCUAAUUCUCAUCUUUCUUCUACUUCCUCCUCUGCCUCUUCAUCGCCGACAGCAGCGCCCGCCAAGAAACCAAUUCUCGCCUCGUCGUGUCCCGGAUGGGUGUGCUACGCGGAAAAGACGCACCCGCACGUGCUGCCGCACCUGUCGCGCGUCAAGUCGCCGCAGGCGCUUAUGGGCACGCUCCUCAAGACCAGUCUGAGCAAAGCGCUUGGCAUCCCGCCCUCCCGCAUCUGGCACCUCGCCGUCAUGCCGUGCUUUGACAAGAAGCUCGAGGCUAGCCGCGAGGAGCUGACCGACGAGGUCUGGGCGCGGUCCGGCCGGCCGGGCCGCGGCGUGCGCGACGUCGACUGCGUCAUCACAAGCAAGGAAGUCCUCAUGUUGGCCGAGAGCAGAGGUCUGGAUUUCUUCAAGCUAUCACAAGAGCCGCCGCGCCCCGCCAUGGCGCCGUUUCCCGACCCUACGCUACACAAAUUCCUGUUCCGCCAAGAUGCCCAGCUACCAUCUCCGUCGUCCUCCGUCUCGGUGCCAAAUACACCCCUCGCUGCUGGGUCGUCUGGUGGCCUCCUCUACCACAUCUUACAGAGCAGAGCGGCGCAGACGCCCGGUUCCGAGAUUCAAAUCAUCAAAGGCCGCAACGCCGACGUUGUCGAGUAUGUCGUGUCGGUCCAGGGUGAGGCCGUCUUCAAAGCCGCGCGAUACUACGGCUUCCGCAACAUCCAGAACCUGGUGCGACGGCUCAAGCCAGCGCGGCCGUCGAGAAUGCCGGGUGGUAAGCCGUUUGGCAGCGCCCGCCGGCCGACUGGCGGCAAGUCGGCCACGCUCGAGUACAGCUAUGUAGAAGUCAUGGCGUGCCCGGGCGGCUGCACCAACGGCGGCGGCCAGAUCAAGGUCGACGACGCCGUCGUCAUGGAGCGCAAGAACCUGUCUGGCAAACCCGGCCCGCAGGAGCAAAGGGAGUGGCUGGCAGAGGUGGACGAAGCAUAUUUCUCGGGUGACGAAGCCCCGGUCCAAGACGGGUCGGCAGUCGGCCAUGUCGUGGUCGGCACCUCUCACUCCUAUAUAAAUGAUACCCUGGCAUAUUGGUCGAACAUGACCGGCAUUGAAUUACGUAGACUUGCAUUCACCACAUACCGCGAGGUCAUUAGCGAUGUUGGAAAGGUCACCGAGGGAGAACGCGUGGUGCAGCUCGCGGGCAAAAUUGGCGGCGGAUGGUAG